AUGUCCUCCAUGACCACUCUGGAAAGGAGUCUCUCCUGUACCUCCAGCACCUCUCUCUCCAUGUCAAGUCCUCGCCUAUCUGUUCGACGCGAAACCACACCGCCUCGAAACGAACUAUCUCUCACCCACCUCCAUGACCGCAUGAAUCAACUGGACUCGCGUGUGCUCGAGCUGCGCUCCAACGUCCUAACCAAGGAUGGUUACGUCGACCGCCGCAACCGCGAGGAUGAGCACAUUCGCCGUGAAUUUGAGAACCACCGCAUCAUCUCUCAUCGUAUCGAUCUGAAUGUGGUGGCUCUUCGCUCAGAUGUUGACCAGAUCAAGACAAGCAUCUUCCAACUCAAGUCUAGUAUCGGCCAGUCCGGUACCGAGACCGUGUUCCUGCGUGGAGAUGUUGAUCGGUUGCAGAAGAGCGUGGAGCAGCUUCAGAUCGAUGCUGAGCAGAUGAAAUCGGAUGUUUGUGCUUCCCGAAUUGAUAUCAGCAAGCUCCAGUCUACUGCCAACCAGCUUCGUACGGAUCUUCUCACUCUCGAACAUAAACUUACCCGCCAAAUGCACGCGAUGGAAACGAGUCUCCACAUGCGUAUGGACUCGAUGGAAUCUCGAAUGCGACAUUCCGAACGGGUUCGUUUCAACUCGCUGGCACACACUAUUCAUGCUCCCAUCAACCCUGUCCCCGUCAUCCUUGAUGAUGGUUCCCCUCGAAUGGCCCAAGUACUUCCCGCGUACCGUGUGGAGGUUUUGGUGCCUGAAGAAACGCAGUCGAGAUAUGUCCCCUUCUCCAUUCUAACCAUGAUCUGUAUAGUUCAUCGAUUGGUUGAACUGGCUGAGUUCUACCAGCUGGGUGGUUACCAGGACUGGUGUCGGAUGAAUGCCACCGACCUUUUUGCCGAUGACAGUGACUCCAGCAGUUCAAGUGACGGGUCAAACCACAUGACCCGCGAGGAAGCUGUUCGCCACUUCCCCGAAGCUGCUCACCAGGCCCUAGCUGCCACUCUUGGUUUAAUAUACUAUAAAAUUCGAAAUGAAGUGGGCGAUGGCCCCACGGGUCACGUCCCCAUUGCUCGUCCUUUGAAGCGUCAACAAGACGAAGUCACCUCGACAAGCACGAGCUCCAAGUCUAAGCCGGUGAAGAUCCCACGCCGUCCCAGCGUGUCGGACACCUUCCUCCACCGACUGAUUACCGGUCCAUCUAUAGCCUCGAAGUCUUCAACCUCCGGGGAAGAGAUGGACAAGCUAGGAUGGAACCCGUUCUCUGAUGUUUCGGACGAUGCUAUGAGCAAACUCCGAUCCAUCGAUCCGCAAGAUAUCGGCAACGUCCUCCGCGCCCUUGAACAAGGCCGGUUGAAGAUGAAGCCUAGCGGAUCUGAGAAGGCAGGCAUGUCGCCUACCGAUUCAAAGACCAGUUAUCGGGUUGGUAAGACUAGUGUCCCUGAGCCAACGCCUCUGGACGUUCCUACCAUCCCGAACACUGUGCCCACUCAGCCGAUAUCCUCAUCUGAGGCCAUGAGGGUCUCAAUGAAGGCUUCGGUCGCCGCCAAGGCACCUGAGCAAGAAUACCCGGAGGGUGGCUCUGUGGCCGACACCUCGAGCACUGCCUCUUCGGAAUGA